AUGGAGAGAAAGCCUGAGCCCCCUAAUUCCAUUAUCAUCAACCGGGAGACCGGCGCAGUGAAACGGCUGGGCGAAAAGGCACCAGUCACUCCCCAUUUGCAGAAGCUGAUCGAUGAAACAAUCUCAAAUGGUUACGUUAUAAUACCCAACGCUUUUACCGAUGCCGAAGUCGAAGAAGCGAAUAUAGAGCUACGACGCCUUGCGUCUAGCCCAGAGGCUGGCCCGGCCGCCUCUGGAGGCCGAAACAAGUUCGAAGGGCUGAGAACGACUCGUAUUUACGCUCUGCUUAAUAAAUCAAGAGUGUUUGACAAAUUUGUCCUUCAUCCUGAUAUUCUGGGUCUCACUGAGUAUUUCUUGGACCAAGGCUUUCUUCUGAAUGCAUUCCAUAGCAUCAACAUCCAACCGGGAGAAGCCCCCCAAACAAUUCAUCACGAUGAUGGUUUUAUCACGAUAUCACGUCCACAUCGCCCCUUUGGAGCCAUAUAUUCUUAUACAAACACAAAUGGUGCUACGGUCGUUGUUCCAAAGUCGCACACGUGGGACUCGAGUCGUGCCCCGACGCCUGACGAAGCGGAGCCUGUUAUCAUGGAAAAUGGAAGCGUGGUUUACUUUCUAGGUACGCUAUGGCAUGGAGGGGCCAAGAAUGUGUCGGACAAAGAGCGGAGGGCACUCACGGUCCAGUAUUGCCAACCGUGGGUCCGUCCGCUAAAGAAUCAGAUUCUUGCGGUAGAUUGGGAGAAGCUGAAUGAUAUCCCGCCUCGGCUAGUCGACAUGCUAGGAUAUCAGGUCGGGGCUCCUUUCGUAGGUUAUGUCGAUGGGAUCAGCCCCAGAAGGGCCGUUGAACAGAAGAUGAGGGAAAAGCAAGCGGUCAAUAGGUAUAACCCCAAGCUUUGA